ACUCUUUAUUCUAAUGCAGAACAGUAGGUCGAUUGAUAAAAGUAAGCAAAAAAGAAGUAAAUGAAUCUACCUAGUUGCAUUUGCCGUAUCAGCACAAUUAGAAAUAGUGUCAUACAGAUACUAUUAGUUUUAAAAGAACUGGUGUUACUUUGUUCACUGUACUGUAUGUGUGGUGAGUAUUAUAGUGGUUCAGCAAUCAGCACAUAGUGAGAGGCAUUUUUACUAUUUCUUAAUUAACAGCAAUAACGGUAAAUUACCGGUACUGAGAUUUUUACCAGUAAUGUACCAUGAAGCCUGUAACCGGAAAAACCGGUACUUGUACCGGUACUUGCCCAUCCCUAUAAUGUAGAUCAUUGUUCACCUGGGCCUUAUUGUUUAAGUCGAGUUAAGUAGAAGUGCUACAUAAUAAGACAUUUUCUCUUCACAUACCUAUCACACGCAUCUGAAAGCACCAGUUAAGAAAUUUGAAGCAGAAAUGGCAGUUGCUCCCUUAGUCAUCUUAGAUGGAAAUAUGUCACUGGAAACCAUCAGCUACGUUCUGGAUCACUGUGCUUCUUGCAGAGUUCCAGUGUGGUACGAACCAACAGACAUACAGAAAGCAACGAAGCCUUGGCUGACGGGACGAGGACAUUCCGUUUCGUUCUCGUCACCGAACCUCAACGAAUUACGCGCCCUUUGCUCGCAUCUUGACUUAGGUGAAAUUGCACUGAUUCCAGAGGACAAAGAUGAAAUGCUGGAACAUCUUCCGAAUAUUCUGAAAAUUACUGCUCCUCUUCUAGAACACAUGGAAGGACUAAUGAUUACAAUGGGGAAAUUUGGUUUUAUGAUAAUAAGAAAAUCCACUGCUGAAGGAAUAAAUGAGCCGCUGCUGCUUGCAAAUGAUGACAAAAAGAAGUCUGAAGUCUUUGGAUUGUAUUUUUCAGGAGAACAGAAUUUGAGUGUGGCAUCAGUGUCUGGUGCAGGAGAUUGCCUUGCAGCUGGGUUCAUUUGUGGAAUGUUGCAUGGAAAAUCUGUGAGCGAGUGCAGUGCUUUAGGGCAUAGUGCAGCUACUUCAUCUCUAAAAUCUGCUCCAGCUGUUCCAAACACACUAAGUUUUGAAUAUCUUCCUUGGGGAAGUAAAAGGCCAUUCAUGAAAAUAAGUUGUUAAAAUCAGUUUCUUCACAAUGGUGUUUAUGCUGCUGAAUUAAUUUUGCCAGUGUUGUUGGGAGAAAUUUAUAUCAUAAUGUUUUAACAUUCACCUUGUAGUCCUACUUCAACCGAAUUAUUUGCUCAUUUAAUAAUACUGAAUAUGAACAUUAAUUACAAAUACAUAGUGAUAUUACACACAGUUACUAAUUACAGGCAACCAGCCCGAGAAGAGUCGUUGUUAAGCUCAUAGGUCUGAUAAACUAAUCCUUUAUAAUAAUAAUAACUAAUUACAGGCAGCCCCCGGUUACCAGCGGGUUCCGUUCCUGGGGCUUGAUGGUAACCGAAAAUAGUCUGUAACCGAAAUUCAAAAGUCUACGGGCGCCACAAUCCACCUUACGGUGACCUAGACUGGUUAACAAUGCCUUAGAGAGUGUCUUGGCCAAACAGUUUGCCCUAAUAUGUAAUAACUCUUUAAUGAAAAUGUGGAAUUUCAUUUGCCUAAUCAUUAACUAUGGUCUGCAUGAUACUUCUGUAAAUUUUUAAUGGCAGAUUUGAUGAACUUACUGGCAAAUCUUUGACUACAAUGAGAGAGAAAAAAAAUCACCUUUUAAAGAAUACUAACUUUUCUCCGUCUCUAUUUAUCAUAUCUUUUAGUUAAUUAAGUUUAAAAAGCAAAAGAGAAUGAUAAAAGUAUUGUAGUAACAUUAUAUUCGUUGCUUAAAUGCUACAGCCAUAAAUAACUGAAUGAAAACAGUUGUUUUCCUACAACAACUGAACCGAAUUUGAUAAUGUUUUGCUUGCAUUUCAGCCAUCGUAUGAUAGUAAAUAAUUACCGUAGUUUUGUUGCAAAUGACAUUAUGUAGAAUAGGACUGAUAUAUUUUUACAUUAUAUACAUUUAUUUGCUAUGGUAAAAAUAACGGUACGGAAAUAUAGUACUGCUAAAUUUAAGCUGCAUUUGUAGCAGAAGCUAAUAAAACCAUAUUCACACUGCUAAUGACUAUAAAUUAUCUUAGCUCAGUAACAUGGAUGAAACUCGACUGUAAAUAAUAGUGGAGAAAAAAGUAUUUUAAUAAAAAAGGCUGGGCAUGAAAGAACAGAUUUUACUGUUGUUUUCACACCAAUAAAAGAUAAAUACACAAAUCUCGUAUCCUGAUGAAAUAGGGUAAAAAUAGCGAAAGGAAUCUUCAUUAAAAAAAGAAAAAAACACUCCCAGAGCCUUCUAUUAACGAAAAUAAAUAACGAAAUGUAGUUCACAAGAUGAUGUUUUUUAAAGUUAUAUUUUGACUUUAAAACACUUCAUAUAAUGAAACGUAACCUUGUCGUAUAUUAAUAGUUUCUAAAGAUUAAUUUAUGCUAAAUAUAAGCAAGAAAACCACUCUAUUGUGUUAAAUGCAGCGAAAUAAACUAUUUUAUUUAAGUCAUAUUUAGAAUUUAUUUAAGUCAUAUUUCGAAUUUAAAACACUUCAUAUAACGAAACAUAACUUUGUUCCAUUUAAAUAGAGUUUACUUUACAUUAAAUAGAAGCAAGAAAAUCGCUCUGAAUAGAGUUAAAUGUGGCAAAAUAAGCAUACCUCCAUCAGGUGAUUUUCCAAACCAUAACAUUAUCAGUUUGUUUGUAUUUAUAAUGCAACAGUAAUAUAUGACUACAUACAAUAUUACUAUUGGAUACAGCAAAGUAAAGGCUAACUUUUUAAAAGUCAAGGAAAAGAUGCACAAUCUUUGUUUGUAUUUUGCGGCACUCUCAGCACUUAGGCUAAGCCACCAAUAACCAGACAACGGUGCUAUAAACCGAAAUGCCAGUAGUAAGUCGUGGAUGCCUGUAUUAUAAUGAACUAUGCUAACAGAAUGGAAUGUAGUCUCAUUUCUUUUUAGGCCAUUCUUAUGGUCUGAGCUAAGCAUGUUAAUAUAAUUGCCAGCCUUCAUUUAAUGCAUUAACAGGACUUUCCAUUAUCAUUUACUUGCAAUGAUUUUAUCAAGCUACUUUCUAUUAACCUCUCCUUGUAAAUUUCAAGCUUGUAUUCUCUAUGCUUGUGCUAACAACAUUUGAUUUCCAAUUAACAGGAUAAUAACAGGACAAUAGCCAGACUGUCAGUAACCAUCAAAAUGUUAUGGAGGGAUGAAUUUUCUCUUGAUUUAGUAGUGCAGGCAGUCCCCAGUUAUCGGCAAUCUGGUUUUAUGGCACUUGGCUAGCGACAACGAUGACUGGAUUUUUGGCGGCAAUAUGCACCGAUCUCUGCUUUUUGAUGCUGAUCCCCACUUAGCAGUGAUGCCAAUGAGUGCUGUUAUUGUCAAUUUUCGGUUAUCAUUACACCAUUGGGAAUGGAACACCGCUCCCCCAAAAUAACUAGGGACUUCCUGUACUGAGACUUUUAUUUAGAAAUUAUGGUGAUAGCAGCAAUCCUGAAAUGACAAAUUCAUUAAAUAUUUUAUAAUUUUUCAUAACUAACAAACCUGCAGUCUUAACAUUAGGAUAAAUCUUCUAGUGCCAGCUGGAAACCAGUAAAAAUUUCAAUAGAAAUGUAUAUGCAAGGAACUGGUGGCAUCUGUCCUCUGUCACAAGUUGGGGGGGAACAGCCACCGACCUAAGUUGUGGGCCUCCUGGCCCCUCGGUUAUUCUUCCAACCCAGGUUAAACUGUUAGAGGGGUGGUUAGAGGUAGGCCUUAAAUGUUAAGACCACAGGUUUGUUACUUAUGAAAAAUACAAAUUAUUUUUAAAAUUUAUUAUUUGUUCUUACACGGAAGAAACCUGGGGUCUUAACAUUAAGAUAAACUUACCUCUUGGUGGGAGGUACGGAACAAACCUGGGGUCUUAACAUUUAAGAUAGAUUUACCUCUUGGUGGGAGGUAAGUAGUAUCAUUAACAAACUGGAGAUUUGCCACACCAGGUCAUUUAUUCUUAUUUAAGAGAAAUCUAAGAAAGAAGACCUACACCUCUGAACCUUGGAUAAUGUGUAGAUCCUAUUUUCAGACUUGGGUUUUCAUACAAUGCCAUAGUUCAUUGCGUAAACGGAAGAUGAAAAGCUAUCUGUCCAAAUAACAAACCAAUGUAGCAAAUUAUGUAGGUUUGUUAUCAUCACUAUCUUUCCUUGCUGAAGAAGGAAUGUUUUGCUACUGAAUGGUAACUUCAUUCACUAAUCCCUUGUGGAUGAGUAGCUUACAUAUAUGUUCAAGAUUUGUCGCCACACAGUUUGAAUGAAUUUUGGGGGAAAAUGUUCCUAAUACCAUUCAUCACUAUUGGCAACUCUUCAGAUUGCCUUAUAUGAGUUGGAGUGAACUGAAAGACAUUCAGUCUUGCUAAAUUUAGGUGGAUAAGGAGAAUGCUGUCACAACCUUCCAUCCAAGGACAAGUCAUAAAUAUUUUACAAUAAAUAUAUACUCAGAAUUUGUUCCUGGUUUUAAUUCUUAUCUGUUAUGAUACUUUCUGAGCUGUAAUUUUAAUUUGACCAAAUAAAAUCAAAUAAAGAUUAGAAAGAACACAUAACUGUAAAAUUAGCAUCAUUUUACAACUUUCUUAGGGGGAAAGAGGCCCUCAAGGGUAGGAAAUAUUUACUUUCAACUUCCCAUGGAAGGUACAGAAAUUUUUUAACAUUUUUUUUAUCUUCCUCUUUCCACUGAUGAGUUUCUUUUUGAGUUUUUCCUUUAAAUUUAGCCCCAUCAUGGGUGUAAUGCAUUAGCGUAUAUUACCCCGGACUGUGAGGGUUAAGGAUUACUCUAACAGCAUGGCCACUGCAGUCACCCUGUAUCACCUGUAUCAUGCCCAUUCCAGUUCAUGAUGGAUAAAUCUUCAUACUGCCCAUAGGUAAACAAGACAAAGAAGAUAAGAAAAGACCCCUGUCAUCUCAUUUAUUUCCCUUUCACACUAUCAUCUUAGGCUUAAUACAACCUGUCCCGCCAGGGGCACUGGACAAGCAGCCACCACAGAACCCAAGGAAAAAGUGUCCAAGGACUUAUGGGCAAUAUUAUUCAGUAAGAAGGAAGUGAAUGUGGUUUGGUGACGCCAUAGACCAGUAUUCAGUAUUCUAAGACCAGGUAAAUUUUUCCUGAAUGCUGAAAAGGAACUCGGCUCUAUGAAAUCAUGUGCUUUUGCAUGCCUGAUAAUGGCUGAAGCAACUGAUAAUGACGAAUAAGCAUUCCUGAUCGUUUCUCGUAUCCAGAACGAGAUUGUAUUCUUGAAUUUCUUUCUUGACCCAGCCUUAGCCAACAAAAAGUUUUAUACAUCUUGGUCCGAGAUGUUGAGUUCUUUUUAGUAACCACACAGUAUUCUGACAGGUCAUAGCAACAUUUCAUUGGGGUCAUCGUGAACAGUCUCCCACAGAAGGUAUAGAAAAGGAGACGAAGCUAUCAUCAACUCCCAGUAGGUUUGACAUCAUACGACAGGGCUGGUCCAUACAAGUCUCAAAUCCCACUAGGGGAACAAGACUGCUCAAAGCUCUUAAUCAGCAUAGAUAUCUCCCAAGAUGUAGUUAUUUCUACAUCCUUCAUACAUACAACUAAAGCUAAAGCAGCCCUGCAGCUCUUUGUAGUUGAAACAGAAAAUCGUUUUUCUGUUCUGAGGAAAACCAAGAAAUCAGCUAGAGGAGAGGUACCCCACCUAUAACACUAAUCACAGUAGAUAGACCACUUUUCCUGGUACACAGAUGUGGAGGACUUUCUGAGAUAAUGCUGUUCUUUGAGAAAAGCCUCUUGUUUGCAGGAGAUACUUGGUAGUCUCCAUCUGUGAAGAGAUAGAGGGACUUUAUCGACUGAUGAUACCUCUCCGCAUGAAGUUGACAAAGUAGAUUGUGCCAGGGAGGUUUCUCUCAUGGUACCUCUCAAAGCAGUGACAGCAGACCCGGAAAUCAUUCUGCUUGGGACCAUAAAUGAGCUAUCAGAGUCAUCUUGAGAUUGUGGAACCCCAUCACUGUUCAGGACAUGGCGAAUCAGGCAAAGUGGAGAAACCCCAUGCACAUCCAGGUUGUCCCAUGGAUGUUGCAGAGCAUCCUCUGCUGUUCAAACAUGUCUGAUACUACUCUAGUUUCCUGUUAGGACUACUGAACAGCAGACUUCUAGCUUCCUGCUGAAUUUUGUAGCAAGGAGGUUAUCUUUGGUCUCCCCAUAGACAAAACAGCCUGUCUGCAAUCUACUGGUGCAGAGACCACUCUGUUCCCAGGAUCUGGUUUUUCCUGCUUAGCUUGUCGGCCAUUAUAUUCCUUUUGUCUGGAAUGUACCUGGCCAUCAGGUCCACCGAGUUGUCUACUGCCCACUGAUGUAACUAGACGUUAUUGGAUGAAGUUGGUGAGACACCAGUCCCCCCCCUGCUUGUUCACGUGAGCUACUAUCAUUGUGGUCUGACAUCAGUAGAACAGAGUGCCCUGUCACCCUCUCCUGAAACUCCUAAAGUGCUAGAAAAGCUGUCUUCAUCUCUAGCACAUUGAUGUGCAGUUGACUGUCCUGCUGACUCCACUCCCCGGAGGUCAGUAGGUCCUCUAGAUAAGUCCCCACCCUUCAGAAGAAGCACCUGAGAACAGGAAAGUUCUGGAGGGGUUGAAUUGAGGGACAUCCCUACUGUUAGAUUGUUGUCAUCCAACCCCUGCCACAGUAGAUCACUUCUAACCUGUGAGGACAAAGGGACCUGGAUGUGAGGGGAAUCUCUUGCUGGAGACCUAGACUCCUUUAGUCUCCACUGUCACGGUUGUAUGGGCAGGUAGCUUUAAGGAAUGAGUUUCGCCUGAGAAGUCAACAGGCCUAGAACAUCCUGCCGCUGUUCCGCUAGUAUUGAUCGUUCAGACAGAAAGUAAGAGCUACUGUCCUGAACUUCUCAUUCCUCUGCUCUGAUAGAAAAACACUCAACGUAGCAGAGUCUAUCACUUUUUCCAGGUUAAGAAUCUUCUGACUCGGGAUUAGAUUUGACUUUUCCAGAUUUACCACAAAGCCUAAGCUUUUCCUUGGAACUCGCUAAGACCAGCCAGUCGUCAAGAGAUCUUAGAAGUCUGAUCCCCUGAGAGUGAGCCCAUGCCAACACCAAAGCUAAUAUUCUUGUGAACACCUGCGGAGACGUCAAACUGAAUCAAAGAACCUUGAAUUGGAACACCUUUUCCCCAAGAAUGGAGUGAAGAAACUUCCGAGAAAGGAUGCAUGGGGAUCUGGAAGUAGGUGUCCUUCAAGUGUAAAGUCAGAUAAAGUUGUUGUCCCUGACUUUGCAUAGACUGUUUGUGGAGUCUCGAUUUUGAACUUUGUCUUCCUGACUAAAAACAUGUUCAACAUUGACAGAUCUAUGAUUGUCCUCCAAUCACCAUUGGCCUUUGUAACCAGAAAUAUUCGGCUGUAGAAACCUGGCGAAGGAUGCUUUACUUGCAGCACUAGGUGUUUUUGAGAUUUUUAAUUGUAAGACAGGUGCAGGAAAGGGUGAUGUGAAAGAGGAGAAGUGAAGUCGAAUGGGAGUAGAUAAUCUAUCUGAAGGACAUCUACUAUCUACAGUUCUGCCCCAUUAAGUCUGCCACAUGGCCCAGUGGCUCACCAGACAUCCCCCAACUGGUGGCAAUGAGUGGGGAGAGGCAGCUGCUCUAAAAGGGCCAUUGUUGAGCAGGCUUCUUCAUUAAAAGAGACCAAUUGAGAAGGUUCAGGUGCAGGAGCUGAUCUCACAGUCUUCUUCUGUUUAGGUUGUUUGGUGUCUCCUGACAUUAGGUCUAGUCGCAGCAGAUUUACUUCCUGCCUGCUGUACUAGAUUAUCAUUCGUAUCUGUCCUACAUCUGUCUGUGGCCACCUCCAACGUAUCCUUCAGCAACAGCAGUUGAUACUUGAGAUAUCACCAUUCCUUAGAGACAAUAAGGACUCUACAUCUAAUGUCUGGGCCACCUUGGGUAGGGCUGCAUCCCUUCUCAUCAAAAGAAUAUUUGCCCAUACAUUCACACUCAGAUUUCUUAUGUAUGAGAUGGCCUUAGACCCAGGUUGAAGGGCCUUAGACCCAGGUUGAAGCAAUCUAAUAAAAACUGUCUCAUCCACCGAACUCCUUGUCAAAGCUUGCAAAAGUAAUUUUGGCCACAGCUGUAGACCAUAAAUCCAACCAAGAUGCUGUCUGGAAGAUUGAAGUUGUCAUCAUCUCUAAAGUAGCCGCUUCUUGACUUGUUAAGAGAGGAACUUACUAUCCUAACAUGAUAAAAAAAUGGGCUCUAGAUUAAUAUACCUUCUAAGUAGUAGAACAAUAGGUGUCAUAUAAUAUCUCCUAUGAUGAAGAAGAGAAUCUGGAAGAAACUUGAAGAUCUGUUCGACCUUAACAAGUUAUCCCAGUUCGCAAUCAACAAAUUCACCUGCCGAAGAACUUAAUCCACAUGACGGGAGCAUGGCAACUCAAAGGAAGUCUUAACCUCCUUCUUAGGUACUAAGCAGCACUUUAAUACCUAUAGGAGUGAUUGUGGAAGGAGUUUCAGUCCUCUUAGAGGUUAUUGCACUGACGAAUUAGAUUUUUAACUUCUGCAUUAAAGGAAAGGAAUCCUGGUUAUCCAAAUCCUCCACUUCAUGUGGGUGACCAGCCUAAGUGGAGGGCACAGGAAGAUCUUGAAGACUCUCUUUGGAGACUCGCUCUGGGCAACAAAGAAUCUCCCUCUCACGGUGAAUGUGAAUCUUCCCAUAACCUGGUCGUGUCACGUCCACGGGCCGGGAAGACUAAUGUCGGUCAUGGUCCCUGCUCCCCAAUCCUGAACAUUUGAUUCUCCCAUGUCCAACUGUUCCACUGGAUUGACGGUCCAGUGGACAACUACUAAUACCAUCCCCUGUAAGCCUAGAAACAGCAUGGACAAUCACCACUGCAUGGAUGUUAUCAGAAGAAUCUGUAACCUGGGAUUCCUUGAUUAGAGCUUGACAUCCUUCCUCUAAACUUCUAACAGGCUGAACAGGUGAUACAGGUACUACAUCACAUUCCAUGUUAGCAAGAGGCCUUCCACAUAUGUCCAUAUGGAAUUUGUAGAUGCCCCAACAUCAUCCACAGCAGUAAAGUCACAAUCCAGAGCCUUCUGAGGAUGAAUGGACAUGGGCGAACCAUGUCCAUGAGCAACUGACAACUUCAGAGCCACUGCCGAUUAUGGAACAUAUCUCUUGACUGGGAUGUGACUAUCCUGGUUCAAAGAAGAAGAAAUAGUCCUUUUCUUGGCACUAGGAUCAGACACAAAGUCCCCCAUUCUCCAAUGCUUGACUGGAGGCCAUACGGGGGAAAUGGACAACUGCGACGAUGACGAAGAGGAAAAAGAAGAGAUUGAUGCAGAAGGUACACUUCUCUUCUUCUUAUAAGCACAAUUACACUCUUCAAUCACCAAAUCCAGUCUUUCUAACACCGUCUUGACUAGGAAAUCCGCAGACACGGUAGUUGAGGACAUCCUUGUAUUGGCAGGCUGUAGCAUCACUAACGUAGGCAAAGCUGAUGGUGACGUCACUAGCAGAUAAAUCAAGAGAGAUGAUGUUGGUACUACUGUCGGCAAGACAAUAGCGACCUUAAACAAUGCACCGUUGGUACCAUGGUACCAUCUGCAUCCCACUUGAUGUCACAGCAUGAGACCCAAUAUAGUGGAGGCCCGGGGGAGUAGGGACAGCCAUGGUAGAUGGUACUGGGUAGUGUGAAGCCAAGCAGUGGGACAUACUCCUGAUAGGCCUAGCGAUGCCCAAACACUUGCCAUCUAUGCAUCACAGGCUGGAAUGAGAGACAAAAUGGUGAUCCCCCUCCUGAUACAUCCCUCGAUAAUUUGUUGGAAGAACAGGGAGGGUUAGCCUCAAGAGGGGACUCAACAAAACAUGAAGGAGACCCUUCUUGGAGAACCUCUUCUACUACCUAGUGACCAAGAACAUUCUGAAUAAGGAUCCAUAUUCAUGGAAGCUAGGAAGUGUGAACAAGGGAAACCACCUACACCGGGGCAUAACCUCUGAGGUUUCCUGGAUUUAGUGGUCGAGCUUGUAGAAGGGUUAAGGAAAUCUGUGAUAACUCAAUUGUUUAUCACACGCACAUAAAACCCACGAAGCACAGAAAGAAACACGGGUAAACAAAGAACCAGCUUUAGGAGGAGAGAGCGAACAAGACGUCAUCACUCAAAAGGUAGUAAUUAGAAAACUGAGAUGUCACAAGGCCCAACUUCGGUCGGUGGCUGUUCCACCUAACUCAUGACAGGGGAUAGAUGCCACCAGUUCCUUGCAUAUACAAUUGUAUCAAAUUUUUUACCGGUUUACAGCUGGCACUAGAAGAUUUAUCUUAAUAUUAAGCUCCCUUGUUUGUUCUGUGUAUGAACAACUCUCAUAUAGUUCUGAUAGUUUAUGGUUAUUACAUCAUAGUUAUAGUUAUAGUCGAAAGUAAAUGUUCAAAAUUUGUAAUACAGAUUUUUGUACUGAAAAACGAAGAUGGCAUUACUUUUACUCCAUGCUUAGAGAGGUAUCACACAUGAAUGAAUUACUUAUAAAAGCUACAUAAUUCAGUAUUUGAAUAAUUACAAACAUAUUAGCAUAUUCAUAAUAAUAAUAUAAUAUUACUGUGUAAUAUUACGGAAGGUAAAUAGCAAAGAAUAAGAAAAAAGAACCUAACUAACUAUAAAAGGGAGAUUAGUCAAUUAUGCGAUUUGCAGGAUGCUGCUCUCAUCACUAGUGCCAAAAACAGGUUUGCAGCCGAGGGGUUAAUAUUGUUCAUCUCAAUGUUGUUGUGUAAUAAAAUUAAAUAUAAAAUAUUAUAAUACUAAUUAGUUUUAAUAAUACAACACAUGACAACAAAAUCUGAUGCAAAAUUUUUAAAUAACAUUUUUAACAAUGUUACUUUGCUUAUCAUCUCCAAGUUUGCUAGUAUAGCACAAGUAAAUCUUUGUUAUUUUAACAUAUUUUGUUCCUAUAGGGAGGGGUGAACAUCCCACUCCACCAUUUUCCAUGAAGUCGAGGUGCCACAGUAUUAAAUAAUACAAAUUUUAAAUCUUAUGCAUAACAAUACUCUUCUACAACUGAAAGGCCAUACUACUACUAAUCCAUUACUAAUAACCAAUUUUGGAUGAAAUUCAUAUCAUAUAAUGUUGAUUUAUCUUAUCAAAUCAUUGUGAACCAUCACUGCAUUGUCAGGGACAUAGAGUUCUCAGCGUUCUACCUAAUCCUGACCAUGGAACACUUAAUAUGCAAUGACAUUCUAUACAAUCCAUUUUGUGACUACGUAAUAUAAAGAAGCCAUUAACAAAAAUAAGUAAUAUCUUUACCUUAUUUCUAGUAAUCUGAUAAACCAGUUUUUAUAAUUCUUUCAUUUCAAUAAUAACCAUAACUUUUACAUAUUACAAUUAAUACACUGUACAAUAUAUGCUAGCACCUUAAUUUCAAACAGCCCUUUUAUGUAUAAUCUCAAAAUAGCACAGCAUUUAUCAUUUUUUGUCAUUAUUUCACAUAUAGUACAUAUAUUAGCUGACUACAUUUUUCACUUUUAGAAUUAUAGAAACUUUCCAACAAUGCUCAAUGCUUCGCAGUUUUUAAGUCUGUACCAGUUUGUAUAAAUACAACACAAUCUUUCAAGUUUGUAUCUUUCUGUAUAAAAACAUCUCCAAAUGUGAAUACUGUAUAAAUGUGCCACAUUUAUGUGAAAAAUAAUGUUUUAUCAUCAAUAACUAUAAGACAAUGAAUCUUACAAGUAACGAAGAGCAAAAUAUAAACAAA